CCUCUAUUUUGUACAGGCUUCGCUUCUUCGUCAUGCUGCCAAUUUGUUCGAAAAUUAAGUGAAAUACAGCGCAUUAAAAGUGAAAAGUAUGUGCAGCCUGUGCAGGGCCCAACUGGCGACCAGCCGCGUGUGAUUGUGGCCGCCGCAGCAGCGUUUUGGCAGCGCCCCAGCCUGGCGAAAAACCAAAAAAAAAGAACGCCAGGCGCAGACAGACAAGACUUGCAUACACUACUACUUGAAUCGUUUCAUUCGUUCCGUUCGUAUACCGAGUUUGCUGCCCUGUCCCUGUCUUCUCACGCGAGUUCGUUUUUAGUAUAUAUAGCCAGUCUGUGGACGGUCGUCAAUGCGUGAAUAUUCUUCUAUGUCUAACAUAACCUCAAACUCGCCGCUGCAGUCGUCGUCAUCAUCAGCGUCAGCGUUGUUGUUGUUGGUGGUUACCGGUGCUCCAUCAGUAGCCGCCACAAACCUGGAAGAUCGGGAGCACAGCCAGCAGCCGAUGAGCAGCCAUGAAUGAGAAAAUAAAGUCGCCGCAAACGCAGCAGCAGCAGGGUGGGGGAGCUCCUGCGCCCGCCGCCACGCCCCCAUCGGCAGGAGCGACACCUGGUGGUGCCACGCCGCCCACAUCGGGCCCACCCACGCCCAACAACAACAGCAACAACGGCAGUGAUCCCGGCAUCCAGCAACAGCAAAAUGUUGCCCCACAUCCAUAUGGCGGACCACCGCCCCCAGGAUCCGCCCCUGGAGGACCACCAGGACCGGAUCCCGCUGCAGUCAUGCACUAUCACCAUCUGCACCAACAGCAGCAGCAUCCGCCACCGCCCCACAUGCAGCAGCAGCAACAACAGCAGCACCACGGCGGACCGGCACCGCCACCGCCCGGAGGAGCACCUGAGCAUGCGCCCGGCGUCAAGGAUGAGUACGCCCACCUGCCGCCGCCGCAUCCUCAUCCGGCGUAUGGUCGCUACCACGCCGAUCCCAACAUGGAUCCAUAUCGCUAUGGCCAACCGCUGCCAGGUGGCAAGCCUCCGCAGCAGCAACAGCCUCAUCCGCAACAGCAACCGCCGCAGCAGCAGCAACCUGGCCCAGGCGGUUCACCCAAUCGCCCGCCGCAGCAGCGCUACAUACCCGGACAACCGCCGCAGGGACCCACGCCCACGCUAAAUUCCCUGCUGCAGUCCUCUAAUCCUCCGCCACCGCCGCAGCACCGCUACGCCAACACCUACGAUCCCCAACAGGCAGCCGCAGCAGCGGCGGCGGCGGCUCAGCAGCAACAGGCUGGCGGACCACCGCCUCCAGGACACGGACCGCCGCCUCCACAGCACCAGCCAACGCCGUACGGGGCGCAACAAGGUGGCUGGGCACCGCCUCCGAGGCCCUACAGUCCGCAGCUGGGACCGUCGCAGCAGUACAGGACACCUCCACCGACAAACACUUCCAGGGGUCAGUCACCCUAUCCGCCAGCUCACGGUCAAAAUUCAGGUUCCUAUCCUAGUUCGCCGCAGCAGCAACAACAGCAACAGCAGCAGCAGCAACAACAACAGCAGCAGCAACAACAGGCGGGACAGCAGCCCGGCGGUCCUGUGCCGGGCGGACCACCGCCAGGCGCUGGGCAACAGCCGCCGCAGCAAAACACACCGCCAACAUCUCAAUAUUCGCCGUACCCGCAACGCUAUCCGACACCGCCGGGUUUGCCGGCGAGCGGACCCAACCAUCGAACUGCCUACUCGACGCACCAGUAUCCCGAACCAAAUCGACCUUGGCCAGGCGGUUCUUCGCCCAGUCCCGGCCCUGGACAUCCCUUGCCGCCCGCCUCACCGCACCACGUACCGCCACUGCAGCAGCAGCCGCCACCCCCGCCGCACGUCACCGCCGGCGGACCGCCGCCGAGCAGCAGUCCCGGCCAUGCGCCCAGUCCAUCGCCACAGCCAUCGCAGGCGUCACCCUCGCCGCACCAGGAGCUAAUUGGACAGAACAGCAACGACAGCUCCAGCGGUGGGGCGCACAGUGGCAUGGGCUCUGGUCCACCAGGCACUCCCAAUCCGCAGCAGGUGAUGCGACCCACACCCUCGCCCACCGGCUCCUCCGGUUCGCGUUCCAUGUCCCCGGCAGUCGCCCAAAACCAUCCAAUCUCGCGUCCGGCGAGCAAUCAGUCAAGCAGCGGCGGACCAAUGCAACAGCCGCCGGUUGGGGCGGGAGGUCCACCGCCGAUGCCACCGCAUCCGGGAAUGCCAGGAGGCCCGCCCCAGCCGCAGCAGCAAUCUCAGCAGCAACAGGCAUCGAAUUCGGCCUCGUCGGCGAGCAACUCGCCGCAGCAGACGCCGCCACCGGCACCGCCGCCCAACCAGGGUAUCAACAACAUGGCCACGCCCCCACCGCCUCCACAGGGGGCGGGCGGAGGGUACCCGAUGCCGCCGCACAUGCACGGCGGCUACAAGAUGGGCGGUCCAGGCCAGGCACCCGGUGCCCAGGGAUAUCCGCCGCAGCAGCCACAGCAAUAUCCACCAGGCAAUUACCCGCCACGUCCACAGUAUCCGCCUGGCGCAUACGCCACCGGACCACCACCGCCACCCACAAGCCAAGCGGGAGCAGGCGGAGCCAACAGCAUGCCCUCGGGAGCCCAGGCCGGCGGCUAUCCGGGUCGGGCCAUGCCCAACCACACUGGCCAAUAUCCGCCGUAUCAGUGGGUGCCGCCGUCGCUACAGCAAGCCGGACCCGGUGGAGCUCCCGGUGGCGCGAUGGUCGGCAAUCAUGUGCAGGGCAAGGGCACACCGCCACCGCCGAUUGUGGGCGGACCACCGCCACCGCAGGGCAGUGGGUCACCGCGACCUCUUAACUAUCUGAAGCAGCAUUUACAGCACAAGGGCGGCUACGGAGGAAGUCCAACGCCGCCGCAGGGGCCACAGGGAUACGGCAACGGACCGACCGGAAUGCAUCCGGGCAUGCCGAUGGGGCCACCCCACCACAUGGGACCUCCGCACGGACCCACCAACAUGGGUCCGCCCACCAGCACACCGCCGCAGUCGCAGAUGCUGCAGGGCGGACAGCCGCAGGGGCAGGGACAAGGGCCCGUUGGAGGACCGGAAAGUGGAGGCCCGGAGCAUAUAUCGCAGGACAAUGGGAUCAGCUCUUCGGGGCCGACGGGAGCCGCGGGCAUGCAUGCAGUCACCGCGGUGGUAACCACCGGACCGGAUGGCGCGCCCAUGGACGACGUCAGCCAGCAGAGCACGCUCUCGAAUGCAUCAGCGGCAUCCGGCGAAGAUCCACAAUGCACCACACCAAAGUCGCGCAAGAAUGAUCCCUAUAGCCAAAGUCACCUAGCACCGCCGAGUACGUCGCCCCAUCCGGUCGUAAUGCAUCCAGGCGGCGGUGGCCCAGGCGAGGAGUACGACAUGAGCUCGCCACCCAAUUGGCCACGUCCGACUGGAAGCCCGCAGGUGUUUAACCAUGUUCCGGUGCCGCAGGAGCCCUUCCGCAGCACCAUCACCACGACCAAGAAGUCGGACUCACUGUGCAAGCUGUACGAGAUGGACGAUAAUCCGGAGCGGCGCGGCUGGCUGGACAAGCUGCGGUCGUUCAUGGAGGAACGGCGUACUCCGAUCACAGCCUGCCCCACCAUCUCAAAACAGCCACUCGAUUUAUAUAGGUUAUAUAUUUAUGUAAAAGAACGUGGCGGAUUCGUCGAGGUGACCAAAAGCAAGACCUGGAAGGACAUUGCCGGACUGCUAGGCAUUGGGGCGAGUAGCAGUGCGGCGUACACACUGCGGAAGCACUACACCAAGAACCUGCUGACCUUCGAGUGCCACUUUGACCGGGGUGACAUCGAUCCCCUGCCCAUUAUCCAGCAGGUGGAGGCGGGCAGCAAGAAAAAGACAGCCAAGGCUGCUUCGGUUCCUUCGCCAGGCUCGUCGAACUCGCAGGAUUCGUUCCCGGCCCCGCCAGGCUCCGCCCCGAACGCGGCGAUCGACGGCUACCCCGGCUAUCCGGGCGGCAGUCCGUAUCCGGGAGCCAGCGGACCGCAGCCUGACUAUGCGGCUGCGGGCCAGAUGCAGCGGCCGCCCUCUCAGAACAACCCGCAGACUCCUCAUCCCGGCGCCGCCGCCGCUGUUGCCGCCGGCGAUAAUAUAAGCGUGAGCAAUCCCUUCGAGGAUCCCAUUGCUGCCGGUGGCCCGGGCUCGAGCUCGGGAGCUGGGCCAGGACCAGGACCAGGUGGUGCUGGUCCCGGUGGUGCUGGAGCUGUUGCUGCUGUGGGCGGCGGUGGCCCACAACCACAUCCACCGCCCCCACAUUCACCGGCGGCCAGUCAACAGCAGCAGCAGCAUCCACAGCACCCGGGUCUGUCCGGGCCACCACCGCCACAGCAGCAACAGCAGCAGCCGGGGCAGCAGCCACCACUACCACUACCAGCCGUGGGCGGUGGGCCACCACCAGCACCACAGCAACAUGGGCCUGGUCAGGUGCAGGUGCCGCCGUCGCCUCAGCAGCAUGUGCGCCCAGCCGCCGGAGCACCUUAUCCGCCGGGUGGCUCCGGCUACCCAACGCCUGUGUCUAGAACGCCAGGCUCACCCUAUCCAUCACAGCCCGGUGCUUACGGACAGUACGGCUCGAGCGAUCAGUACAACGCCACAGGGCCGCCCGGCCAGCCAUUCGGACAGGGUCCAGGACAAUAUCCGCCCCAGAACCGCAACAUGUACCCUCCCUACGGGCCGGAGGGGGAAGCUCCUCCAACUGGUGCCAAUCAGUACGGUCCCUAUGGCAACCGACCAUACAGUCAGCCACCGACGGGCGGACCUCAGCCGCCGGCGCAGACGGUUGCGGGUGGACCGCCGGCCAGCGGAGCUCCAGGAGCACCGCCCAGCAGCGCCUAUCCGUCGGGCAGGCCCACCCAGCAGGACUAUUACCAACCACCACCAGAUCAAAGUCCACAGCCACGUCGGCAUCCCGAUUUCAUCAAAGACUCACAGCCCUAUCCAGGAUACAAUGCUAGGCCUCAAAUUUAUGGUGCUUGGCAAGGCGGUACCCAGCAGUAUCGGCCACAAUAUCCAACCUCGCCUGCCCCGCAAAGCUGGGGAAGUGCUCCGCCUCGCGGUGCAGCACCUCCGCCAGGCGCACCACACGGCCCGCCACUGCAGCAGCCGCCCGGAGUGGGCCAGUGGGAUCAGCACCGCUAUCCGCCACAGCAGGGUCCGCCGCCGCCUCCUCAGCAGCAGCCACAGCAGCAGCAGCAGCAACCGCCGUACCAGCAGGUGGCCGGGCCCCCUGGACAACAGCCGCCUCAGGCGCCGCCACAGUGGGCACAGAUGAACGCCGGCCAGGCGGCGCAGCCAGGAAUAGCGCCACCAGGCUCGCCACUGCGUCCGCCGUCCGGACCAGGACAACAGCAGAGGAUGCCCGGAAUGCCGCCGCAGCAGCAACAGUCACAGCAACAGGGCGGAGUCCAGCAACCACCGCCGCAACAGGCUACUCAUGGUGGCGUUCCCUCGCCGGGACUGCCACAAGUGGGACCGGGUGGAAUGGUAAAGCCACCGUACGCCAUGCCCCCGCCACCAUCUCAGGGUGUGGGUCAGCAAGUGGGCCAAGUGCCACCCAGCGGCAUGAUGGUUCAGAAACAGCCGCCGAUGCCGGGCCAGGUAAUGCAGCAACAGCCCCUGCAGCAGCAGCCUCCGCCGCAUCAACAUCCGCAUCCUCACCAGCAUCCGCAGCACCCGCCGCACCCGCAUCCGCAUCAGAUGCCGCCCAGUCAGACGGCACCGGGCGGUGGCUACGGCCCGCCAGGAAUGCCUGGUGGCGGUGGCCAGCUGGUGAAGAAGGAGCUGAUUUUUCCGCACGACAGCGUGGAGUCCACCACACCGGUGCUGUACCGAAGGAAGCGGCUCACCAAGGCCGAUGUGUGCCCCGUGGAUCCGUGGCGGAUAUUUAUGGCCAUGCGAUCCGGUCUGCUGACCGAAUGCACCUGGGCGCUGGAUGUGCUAAACGUGCUAUUGUUCGACGAUUCUACGGUGCAGUUCUUUGGCAUUUCGAAUCUGCCUGGCCUGCUGACUCUUCUGCUAGAGCACUUCCAGAAGAAUCUCGCCGAGAUGUUUGACGAACGGGAGAACGAGGAGCAAACCUCGAUGCUGGCGGAGGAAGGGGCAGAUGACGACGCCGACAGCGGCACUGUGAUGUGCGAGAAGUUGCGGACCAGCGGACGACAGUCGCGAUGUGUGCGCAGCAUCAGCAGCUACAACCGCAGGCGGCACUAUGAGAACAUGGACCGCAGCGGAAAGGGCGUCGCCAGCAACGGCAGCGAUUCGGAAGAUGCCGACGAGGGAAUUGAUCUGGGCCAGGUGCGUGUGCAACCCAAUCCCGAGGAGCGCUCGCUACUGCUCUCCUUCACGCCCAAUUACACGAUGGUCACGAGAAAGGGAGUGCCAGUGCGCAUCCAGGCCGCCGAUCACGACAUCUUUGUGGACGAGCGCCAGAAGGCGUGGGACAUAGACACGAACCGCCUGUACGAACAGCUGGAGCCCGUGGGCAGCGAUGCCUGGACGUACGGAUUCACCGAGCCAGAUCCCCUCGACGGCAUCAUAGACGUCUUCAAAUCGGAGAUUGUUAACAUUCCAUUUGCACGUUUCGUCCGCUCCGAAAAGAAGGGAAAAACGCGAACAGAAGUGGCGAGUACGGCCAGGAAGGCGGAGAUAAAGCUGGAGGAGAACAGCUCGGAGGAAACGGCUUUCAACAAGAAGAGGCGACUGGUCAGCGGCGGCAGCAGCAGCAGUGGAGCCCCAGCCGAAAGCAAGAAGUCGAAGCUGACGAGUGAGGAAUUUGCCCAGCCAAACGUUGAUGUGAAGAAGGAGCCAGGCUCGGCGGACAGCGAUUGUCGCCCCGUCGACAUGGAUAUCGAAGCACCCCAGCAAAGGUUGACCAAUGGCGUUGCAGCCUGCCCAGCCUCAACUCCCGCCGUCUUCGAUCCCCGGACAACGGCCAAAGAUGUGGCGCAGGUGCUGCAGCGGAGGCGUGACUCAAGCUUUGAGGACGAGUGCUACACCAGGGACGAGGCGUCUCUGCACCUGGUCAACGAGAGCCAAGACUCGUUGGCGCGGCGCUGCAUCGCCCUUUCCAACAUCUUCCGCAACCUGACCUUCGUGCCCGGCAACGAGACGGUGCUGGCCAAAUCCACCAGGUUCUUGGCGGUGCUGGGGCGACUGCUUCUGCUGAACCACGAGCACCUGAGGCGCACCCCGAAGACACGUAACUACGACCGUGAGGAGGACACGGACUUCAGUGACUCGUGCAGUUCGCUGCAAGGAGAGCGCGAGUGGUGGUGGGACUACCUAAUCACCAUUCGGGAGAACAUGCUGGUCGCCAUGGCCAACAUAGCCGGGCACUUGGAGCUCUCGCGCUACGAUGAGCUCAUUGCCCGCCCCCUGAUCGACGGACUGCUGCACUGGGCCGUGUGUCCCAGUGCCCAUGGCCAGGAUCCGUUCCCGUCGUGUGGACCCAAUACGGCGCUCUCGCCGCAGCGCCUGGCACUUGAGGCGCUCUGUAAGCUGUGCGUGACGGAUGCUAACGUCGACCUGGUCAUUGCCACUCCACCGUUCUCGCGACUGGAAAAGCUCUGCGCCGUGCUCACCCGGCAUUUGUGCCGCAACGAGGACCAGGUGCUUCGCGAGUUCUCCGUGAACCUACUGCACUACUUGGCCGCCGCCGAUAGCGCCAUGGCUCGCACUGUGGCGCUGCAGUCCCCGUGCAUCUCCUACCUGGUGGCCUUCAUCGAACAGGCCGAACAGACGGCGCUGGGUGUGGCGAACCAGCAUGGGAUCAACUACCUGCGCGAGAAUCCCGACUCGAUGGGCACCAGCCUGGACAUGCUGCGGCGAGCAGCCGGAACGCUGCUCCAUCUCGCCAAGCACCCAGACAACCGGUCGCUGUUCAUGCAACAGGAGCAGCGGCUGCUCGGCCUGGUCAUGUCGCACAUUCUGGACCAGCAGGUGGCUCUUAUAAUUUCGCGGGUGCUUUACCAAGUGUCGCGCGGAACGGGGCCCAUACACUCGGUGGAGUUCCGCCUGCUGCAGCAGCGCCAGCAGCAACAACUGCGUCCUGGCGCGGCGGAGAAACAAGCUGCCAGUUCGGGAGCAAGCGCUUCAGUGAAAGCGGAAUCGUCGGCAUCAACGGAAACGAGUUCCGUCGAAGCGAAGCCAGCAUCAGCAGCCACGAACGCAGUGGUAAACGAUGAGAGCAGCAACAGCAGCCAGCAGUUGCCGCCGGCAGCGACUUUCAACGACGUGAGCAACAGCAGCACCAACAGCAACAGCUGCGGCACAGUCAGCAGCAACCAGACGAACAACAGCACCACCAACAGCAGUCACAGCAGCAGUGCGAUCAGCAGCCAAUCUGCGUUGGCAGUAGCCACAUCAGCAGCAACGGCAGUGGCAUCAGCAGGUGCAGCAUCCGCAACAUCAGCAGCCGCUGUAGUAGCAGCAGCAGCAAUGGCCAGUGAUCAGCAGCAGGUGAGCAAGGCGGCUGCAGCGGUGGCGGCCGCUGCGGCCCUGAGUAAUGCCAGUGCAGCGGCGGCAGCAGCUGCGGCGGCGGCAGCGGCUUCCGUUGUACCGCCCACCACGUCCUCGACGAGUGUGUCCGCCGGAGCGGCGGUGGCACAACCAGCGGCGGCACCGCCGCCAACCAAUGCAGGAACAACGACAGCCGUUGCGUAGUAUACGACAAUGAUGCCAGCGUCCUACUACUGGCCACGAACCCCCCGAGGGGCAGUCGACUGAGCUGGAGUUGGAUGGAGUAACAACGGGCCCAGGAGCGGCUCCGAGGCGCAAGGGCAGCAGAUGAUCCCUGAACCGAUGUAGAGGAGGCAUGUAAAUUUACUUAAAUGGCGCCGACAGGGAAGAAGGCCGUGUCCGAGCUCCGAGGAUACGUAUAGGGGAACUCAGCAGCAGGUGGAAUGGCUCCAACUAUCCAUCACUGUAACAGUCAAUACAAUAACAACUGUAUAUUUUUUCACUCAAAUCUAAAAAUAGUAAAUAUUAUAACUAAACCCUAAGCAUUAAGAAAUUGCAGCAGCAAAUUAAUGAUAAUAUGAAACGGAAACGAAAACGUAAACGUAAACUGUUCACGGCGAAAACUAGAAUAGUUUAACUGAUACAGACCGAUCGAUUGAUCCGAGCCGAUCCGAUCGGGGAUUAUUAUUGAGACGAACAUAAUGCGGAAGGAAGCGAUGGGGAGAGCGAAAUUCAAGCACACAGCAUACUUAUUGUAUUAAAUUUAAUAAAAAUGAAGGGACGAGAAAAGAGGAGUAACUAACACAUACAUAUGCAUACGCACGCUAUGGUUUAUCGUAUAUUAAAUAUAUAUAUAUAUAAAUAAAUGCAUAAAUUAACAUUUAAUAACAUGAGAAUGAAUUGUGUAUGUAAAAGGGAUGAAUGCAUACAUACGUACAUAUAGACAUUGAUAUAUAAAUAUAUAGAGAAUAGUUUUUAAAUUCUACCACUUACUAAUACCUACAUAUUACCACAAUAUGCAGCAUAGGAGCUCAUAAACUGAACAAACUGAACAGCAAAAAAGCAUAAGGAAAUAUUAAACCCAACCAAUCCACUGUGCGACCCCAAAAUAUGCCCAAUUGUAUUGCAGUUUAAUGGAUUUUAUUGUGGACUAGGGCAACGCAGAGAAAUGAAGAAUGUGAGAUGAUUAAAACAAUUGUACAUACUUAACUAUUAUGUAAAUUUCACUGUAUUUUUGUUUUUUUACGCAAUGUUACAAGGCACAUGUAAGUGGCAGCACUGCAUUUCGUAUUAUGUUUAUGUGUAUGUUGUGUGGAUGGUCUGCGAAAAUUCCAAUUUCUUAGUUUUAAUCGCGUAACUCGAAAGCGAAUCGAAACAAAAUAAGGCAAAACAAACAAACCGACAAAUGAAGGCAAACAAACAAUUUAAAUUAAAAUCAAAUUAGGUGAUAUAAAUAUACAUAACAUAUACAUACAUAUACUGCAUAUAAAAAUAAUUGAAAAAGAUGAAAAAUGGAACACCAUAAUGCUGUAAUUUUUAUGUUAACUGUAUUAUUUGCUGGAAGUGCUGCUGCUUCAUUUUAUUUUAUAUUGAACUUACUUAAGGCGUAAAUGACAAGAUAAAUAAUUAGGUUUUUAUCUUAAUCUUAAUUUAAAAUAUUAAAUAAAUAAAACCAAGAAAACAAAACAAAACACAACCAUAAAAUGCUAUAAACACACAAAGCAAAGCGAAGCAAAUCGAACUAAAGCUGUAGAGAAGCACGCAAAAACGACUAACAACACACCCAUACCCAAAAAGCUUGGCGUUAGGAAACCAAUAAACCAUUAAAGCAAAACCAUAUAUAUAUAUAUAUGGGUGGGUGCACCAAUUUGUAUACUAAACUUUCUCACAUAUAAUUAAAGUGCUACAUAAGAGAACGAACAUGAACUGUCGAUCUCCCGAUUCUAGCCUCUAGUUCUAGUAAUCCUCCUAUACUCCAGGGCGGUUGCCUAGAUCUAGAGGGACUACAAGAGAUUGAGAGAUAAUAGGAAAGUGCUGCUGUUGAUACGUGUAUUCGUGUAGUUGUUUGCAAACAAAUAUUAUAACUCAGCAUCUCGAUAUAUAACGUGUAGUUAUUAGUCUAUAAUUUGCUAGGAUGUAAAUGUAUGUCCCUCAAACUUAAUUUAAUUAUUUAAUUAAUAUACAUACAUAUAUGAUAUACAAUA